AUGGCUCCGGUCAAAGUUGGGAUCGUAGGCCUUUCCGCGAAACCUGGGACGUGGGGCAUGCUGGCGCACUUACCUCGUCUCCAGUCCUCGCCUAACUUCGAGAUCGUGGCGCUCUGCAACUCAACGAUAGAGAACGCCAAGGCCGCCAUCAAAGCGUACAACUUGCCGGAGACCACGAAGACGUACGACACCUACGAUGACUUGGCCGCCGAUCCCGCCGUAGAUCUCUACAUCGUCACCACCCGUGCUGACACGCAUUACGAAGUUGCGCUACCAGCACUGCGAGCCGGCAAGAACGUCUACUGCGAAUGGCCGUUAGCUGCCGACACGGCGCAGGCCCGCGAGAUGGUCGAUCUCGCGCAUCAGCACAAUUGCAAGACCAUUGUUGGCUUGCAGGGGCGGGUUUCGCCAACGAUCCGGAAGGUGAAGGACCUGGUGGACGCGGGGCAUCUGGGCGCUAUCCACAGCGUCAACUUCCACGGCGCGAUCAAUGUCUGGCAGAACAACGCCGUGGGGCAGAAGUAUCAUUACUUCAUGGACCGCAAGGUCGGCGGUAACUUGCUGACUAUCUACGGAGGCCAUAUCCUGGACUCGCUGCUGUUCGCGGUGGGUGAGCUCAAGCCUGGGAGCUACAGGCCGCUGAUGGGAAAUUUGAGGCCACGCAUGCAUAAGACGUUGGAGGAUGGUGGUUUGAGCGAAGAGACCUACGAGAAGGACACGCCGGACCAGAUGCUGCUGCAGGGGCGUCUAGCAAGGAGCCCGGAGGCGGUGUUUAGCUUUCACCUGAGGGCGGGGGAUCGUUUCAUCGGGGCGCCGGGAAGUGUCUGGAGGAUAUAUGGCACCAAGGGAGAGCUUGUGGUGGAAUUUGCCAGUGCUGGACCUCAGAUAGGAGGUGCUACGAGCUUUCGCUUCUCGAAUGCGGAGACAGGGAAGGUGGAGGAGAUUGAAGUUGCCGAGGGAGGUGAUGAGUGGACGGGCUUACCCACGCAGGGACAGAACAUAGGGAGGCUGUUCGAGGCGUUUGCCGCUGGGAGAGAGUACGGCGACUGGGACUUGGCAUUGAAAAGGCAUCAGCUGAUCGAUGAGUUCUGGGCUGGUGGCUUCUAG